AUGAGUGGACUGGAGAGACUGUUCAGAGGUGUGAAUUUACCCUCAGGUGACAUUCAAGGAAAUAUCUCCAGCAGUUCAGGUGAUUUACUACAGUUAGCCUUCAGUACUCAGAUCCUGACCUUCCAAUCAGAGCGGCUGUCAGCUGACAACAUCACCACAGCAGCUCAGAUAGCUAACACGCUGCUUCUGUCUGCAAAUAUCACAGAGGACAUCGCAGUGGCAGCUYUAACUACCAUCAGUCAGCUGCUGAAUGCCAGUAAGGAGAGUACACAGGAGAGAGUCGCUGUCCAGAGCCUCACAGAGACCCUGGAGAAGUUUUCCCUGGACCAGCACAAUAAUGUGUCCUUGGUGGUUCAGCCCAACCUGGCAGUCCAGUCUGUCCAAGUACCAAGUGACUCAGUAGGGAUCCAGUUUACUGCUCUGACUGGAAGAUCUGGUAAUUUUGUGGCCAACAGAAUUCAUCUCAACAGCAAUACCUCUGAACUGAUAGCUGACAACGGAGGUGCUACCGAUGUCCAGAUUGUCAUAAAAUUCCCAUCAGUUUUACGUAGUAAAAACACAAACCACUCCAUUGGUUUUGUACUCUACCAAAACGACCGGUUCUUCAGGUCCAGGGCUUUCAGAGCUUCUUCAGGGACCAGCAGAAGGGUCAUCUCUGCUAACCUGGGACAAGUGUCUGGGUUACAUGUUGAGAUGCUCUUCAAGCCCACAGUUGUCCCCAACGCCUCCCUCUAUGACUUUGCCUGCGUGUCAUGGAACUACACGUUGAAAGACUGGAGCACCUUUGGCUGCUCCAAAGUCAACCACUCAGAAGACGGCCUGCGAUGUUUCUGUAAUCACACCACUAACUUCGCUGUGCUGAUGUCGUUCAGGAAGGAUUUUAAAUACGCUGAAGAGCUAGACUGGAUCACCAUAUUGGGAUGCUCCAUGUCCAUCAUAGGGUUGAGUUUAACAAUAACAUUCCAGAUCACAACCAGGAAAUCACGCAAAACCAACCCAACAGUCCUCUUAGUGAGCGCAUGCAUGUGUCUCCUGAUCUUCACCCUCCUCUUCAUGUUAGGAGUGGACAACCCUCAUAAACAGCUGGGCAAACCUGAAAUACAGGAGGACAACAUUCUCCCCCCGUCCGACACACACACAGAGCGGGACAGAGGGUCCUGUACUGCAGUGGCAGUCCUGCUGCAGUACUUCCUGUUGGGGACGUUCACCUGGAACACGCUGUACGCCACACAUGUCUUCCUGAUGAUCAGAAACAGCCUGGCCACCAGCCCGUCACACUUCACAGCCUAUACUGUGGCCAUCGGAUGGGGACUGCCUGCGGUUGUGGUGGCCCUCACCUUAGGAAUUAGUUACAGAGUGGAUAAUCCACUGGGUUACAGGCAGGAGGAAUUUUUCUGGCUUGCUGCCCUCGAUCCAAAGGGGAACUUUGACUUCAAGCUGCCAAUGUUUUGGGGGUUCCUGAUCCUUUGGCGUUCAUGCUUAUCUUCAACACAGUGGUGUUGGUAUAUUUUUGCAGUUACAACAGGCAAGACCAACCCAAAUUUAACCAGUACAAGACACACAUCGAUGAAGAAGAAGUCCUCA